UAUGUAAUAUAUGCGCUCAUACAAAACAUAAUUUGUAAUCGUUACUAAGCAAUAUUUCAAGUUUAGUCAAUAAAUUAAAAUUGUAUAGAAAUUUUAAUCUCGUAUGUUAUAAAUAUUUUCUUGUUAAAUAAAAAAUGGUUGAAAUAUGUCAAACUGAAGACGAAAUUAAAAUUGUAAUUAAACUAAUUAAUAUUGCAUCUCAUCGCCCUGGUAUAGUUUUAUUGAAAAGGUAUGUGAAAUUCAAUUGUCCUCCAACGUUUUUUGAAGCUCAUUUGACGGAUGACAUUGACGAAGAGAAAAGUACUUGUAAGCUGUUUAAAAGAGAAGCUAGAAUAAUAUUAAAGAAAGUAAACAAAGGAUUAUGGGAACAAAUUUUCGAAGUACCAGAAAGUAAAGCUGCAGCUUUGGAAAAACGUAAGGCGAUGGUUGAGCAAUUGCAAAAGAAGAAUGUUGAAAUUGAAGAAGAGGCUAUAAAAAAAUACGAUAUCAAGAAAAAAGCAGAAAUUGUACGAGAAAUGAAACGUGAAUCAAAAUUACGUGAAAAAUUUGAAGUGGCUAAUGAACAAGUCCUAAAAAACGAACUGGGAGUAACACCAGAAGAUACAAAAAAGAUUAAGGAAAGGGAGGGAAGACAAAGAUUAAAAAAGCAACAAUGUUCAAAAAUCAACGCAGUUAGUAAGCCAGCAAGCUCAGAAUUAGAAAAUAUAGAAGAGCUAGAAAACCAAAGCGAAAUUAAAUUAGAAAAACAAAAAUUACGAGAUGACUAUUGUGGACCUAAAAUCGGUAAAGAAGAAGCCAAUGUUAUAUUACAAAAAAUAGAAAAUCAAAAGCAAAUUCGCCGAAACGGUAGUAUAAAAAUAUCUUUUACAAAAUUUGAUUUUAAAACACCAAAGCGUGAAUCUCAAAAAGAAAUUCAAACU